AUACUAAAAACGAAUAUUUUGCCAACUGCUUUAGAUUUAUGCGAAUAAGGAUUGUUGAAAUAAGAUUUCAAUCAAAUUACACAAAAUGGCUCAGAGAAACUCAUCUAAUAUCUUGCUAACUAUUAAACAAGCAAGAAAAACAGGAAAUUUAAAUUUGACAGGAAGAAAUUUAGAUCAAGUGCCACCAGAAGUAUGGUCGAUAAAUAGUGAACCAUCCAACGCUUCUAAACUUCACUUUAUGGAUGGAAAAGAUGAUGACAAGUGGUGGGAGCAGAGCGAUUUGACGAAAUUAAACAUAUCAAGUAAUAACUUAACUGUAAUCGGCGAAGGUUUAUCAAACUUAAAAGUUUUAACCGUACUUGAUCUACACGAUAAUCAAUUGAGAGAGUUUGAGCAAUCAAUAUUCGAAUUAUCUCAUCUAACUCAUUUAGAUUUAAGUCGAAAUAAAAUAACAUCAAUACCCGAUGAUAUUUAUAAGUUAAAAGAGUUGAAGAGUUUAAAUAUAAGCAAUAAUAAUAUUUCAACAAUUUCCGACUUCAUAUCAAGUUUAGCAUGUUUGGAAGAUGUGCAAUUACAAAAUAAUAACAUCCAAUCUUUACCUGAUAAUUUUGGAGAAUUAACUGGUCUCUAUAAAUUAAAUGCAUCUCAUAAUAAACUAAAAGAGUUACCACCAUCGUUUUAUCUUUUUCAGUCUUUGAGAACUUUGGAUUUAACUCAUAAUCAACUUGUAAGAGUGGAAAUUCAAGGUUUACAUAGACUAGAGUUAUUAUAUAUUAGACAUAAUAAAUUAGAAGAUUUACCUACUUUUGAAUCUUGCCAUUCGUUAAAAGAGAUUUACGCCGGAAAUAACAGAUUAAAAAGCAUUAACAAUCAAAUUGUUCAUAAUCUAGCUAAAUCAUUAAUUGUAUUGGACAUAAGAGAUAAUAAAUUGAAUGAAAUAUCAUCGGAUAUAGUCAAAUUAACAGAAUUACAAAGACUCGAUCUAACAAAUAAUAAUCUGUCCAAUAUUCCUAAUGAACUUGGCUUACAUAAGAAGUUAAGAAACUUGGUUCUCGAAGGAAAUCCAUUAAGGUCUAUUAGACAGGAUAUCAUAAGGAGAGGAACUGGACAAUUAUUAAAGUUUCUUGCGUCUAGAAUUGACGAUAAAGCAUUAUUAAUGGAACAACAACAACAAUCGCAUACCAGCGCUCCUAUGCCUGGUAUGGCUAGUGAUACUGUUAAAGUCAAACAAACUGCCAAUCAAUCAAAAGUAUUUGAUGUGAGCGGAAAGAAUUUACCGGAAAUUACAGAGACGUUUUGGGGCGCUGCUGGUGAUUGUACAAUUCAAAAUGUUAAUUUCUCAAAGAAUCAAUUACAAUCAGUACCAGAAAAGAAAAACCUUUUAAGUGAAUUACCUGAUGAAGUAUCGAAUUUAAACAAUUUGCGUGAAAUUAGACUAGCUUAUAAUAAAUUUUCGAUUAUACCUUCUUGUUUGUAUGCAUGCUCAUCAUUGGAAAUUAUAGAUAUAAGUAAUAAUGGGAUUGGUGUAAUUAAUCAUGAAGGUAUCCGUAAAAUGGAAAAAUUAGCUGUAUUGGAACUAUCUAAUAAUGAUCUUACACAAAUUCCACCAGAACUUGGUUUAGCAACUCAACUUAGGUCUUUAACACUCGAUGGAAAUCGUCUAAGAGUACCUAGACCAGCUAUAAUUGCUAAAGGAACAAUUGCCAUAUUAGAAUAUCUUAGAGGAAGAAUAACCGAAUAG